AUGUCUACACAUUCGUACGUCGACUCCGAGAACGGUGUGGCGAUCGACAACCUGUCCUUCGCCUCGCACAUCUCGACCUCUGGCCGCUGUGUGCCGGCCGAUGUCGAGUCCAUCGCUCAGGCCAUCGCGAGCACGAGUCGCCGCCCAGAAGACGGUACGCCGUCGACUACUGAUGGCGAGGAGGCGGGGCUUGGCAUGAGCGCAGACCUCUCAACCAUGGAUAUUGUGAAGAAGUUCUUUUUUUUGGGCUACCCGCUCACCCUUUCGUCGCUGGCGCAAUUCUCGCUGAACCUCGUCAUUAUCAUGGUGAUUGGACGGCUGCUGGGCCUCGAGGCCAUGGGCGGCGUAUCCCUUGCUCUGGGGCUGGUGAACGCCACUGGAUUCGCGUUCGGUGCUGGGCUGUGCGGCGCACUGGAGACGGUACUGUCGCACAGCUUUGGCCACUUUCAGCAGGAGAAAAAGCGGCUGGCGCAGGCACAGACGGAGGCUGAGCGGACGGGCACCACGGUGGAGCCGCAGGUGCCUUGCACACUUCAUAUAUACGGCAUCUACGCUCAGCGCAUGUCCAUUAUUCUCAUGGUGGCUUGCGUGCCGCUAGGGUUCGUCUUGUGCUUUGCUGAUGCGCUGCUCACUAUUGCUGGCGAGAGCGCCGCCGUAGUGCACUACACAGGCAAGUGGUGUCGCUGGGCAGUAUUCGGAAUUCCUGCAGCCAUGGCGUUUCAGCUUAUCCAGCGGUACUAUUCGUGCCAGCACCUGACGAAGCCGUUGCCCGUUGCGCUCUUUUCCGCUGCCGUUGCCAAUCCCAUUCUGCAGUUGAUCUUUGUGAAGCUCUUCGGCUUUGCAGGCUCGCCGAUUGCGUGGCUGAUAAUGAUGACCGGCAUCGUUGCAGGACUCGUCUUCUACCUACGGUACACCGGUCGUGACAAGCUGACAUGGGGUGGGUGGGACAUCCGCUGCGCGCAGAACGUUAACAGCCUCGUCAAAAUUGCCCUGCCUUCUAUGGGCAUGAUGCUCAGCGAGUGGGUUGCCCUUGAAGUGAAUGCGCUUGCCAGUGGCUACGGAACGGCUGCGGAGCUCGGUGCGUACACGAUCACUCUGCAGGUCUUUGGUAUUAUGUGGGCCAUGGGUUCCGGUGUGAUGAUAUUGACGUCUGUGUUCGUCGGCAACGCCAUCGGCGAGGGCAAGCCGCUUCUUGCGCGGCGCAUUGCUUUUAUCGCACUGGCUGUUGUGCUGGGCAUUGCCACUGUUGAUGUCGUGCUGUGCCUUCUCCUGCAACCCUUUAUUCCGUCGUUUUUUGUCCAGGCAGAGGAGGUGGACGCGGUAGCAGCCAUUUACAGGGAGCUGAUGUAUGUAGUGAUGCCGUACCACUUCGUCGACGUUUUCCAGAGCACUGUGAUGGGUGCUCUGCGUGGGUGUGAGCUGCAAAAACUCGGCGCGGUUAUCAUCACCGUGGCGUUCUGCGCGGUGGGGGUCCCGCUGAGCUUCCUUCUGUUCUUCCACUUUAAGAUCGGCAUCAAGGCGCUGUGGAUUGGGCCGUUCACUGGCGUCGCCGUGGUGGGGACGCCUGUGUACAUCUACAUCCUUCUACGGUAUAUCAAGUGGGAAAACCUGAAGCCUCACGCUGACAACACCGCGAUACUGGAGGAGACAGAAACUGGUGCUGCUCGUACUCGCGCCAUCAGCAACCCUGUUGAUAUACCGCUGGAUAACGCAGCCGCUAGUGUGGAAUCCCCACAAGUUGUAGCGGUGCGGCGGUUUGUCAAUUCUCCCACGCCGAUCACAACUGUGCAGGUCCCGACUGCCGCUUCCGUUGCUGAGAAGCCUCAGCAGUAG